UUUACUAUAAUCAGUUUUCGCUAUCCAAAGUCGAUCUCCAUAUUUAAUGAUUUGACUUUAGUUGUGUAUUUGUAAUUCUGCCUCCGAACGUACUAGACCUGUAACUGGCAACGAAGUUGGCAAAAAAGAUGACUCUUCGCUGGGGAAUCGUUACAGCAGGCAAGAUUUGCCAUGACUUCGCCAAUGCCUUCAACUCCUACCCCGACAAAGGGGACCAAGUCAUAGCCGCGGUGGCCGCUCGCGACAAGACCAAAGCGGCAGCAUUCGCCAAGACACAUAGCAUCGCUAAAGUGUUCGAUAGCUACCAAUCUAUGGCUGCCAGCAAAGACAUCGACGUUGUGUACAUCGGUGCUUUGAACCCCGAUCACUAUGAGCUGGCCAAGCUGUACCUUGAAAACGGCAAGCACGUCCUGUGCGAAAAACCUCUUUGCCUCAAUUAUAAACAGACAGAGAGUCUGAUUGGAUUCGCGAAGAAGAAGAACUUGUUCCUGAUGGAAGCUGUCUGGUCUAGGUUCUCACCAGCGUAUAUAGAGCUGGAAAAGGACAUAAACGCUGGUAAAUUGGGAGACAUUCAAUACGUCGAGGUUAAUUUCGGUGUGCCAAUAGCUGCGGUUGACAGACUUCGGUUAAAAGGCUUAGGAGGUAGUGCGGUUCUAGACAUUGGCAUUUACACGCUGCAGUUCGCUCAAUUCAUUUUCAAAGAAGAGCCCAUCAAAGUGACGGCUAUUGGAGAUCUCAAUGAAGAUGGAGUCGAUUUAGUUGACACCGUCAUCCUUGACUAUAAGGGUGGCAAGAAAGCAGUGCUUAUUAUUAAUACACAGGUGCGACUCUGGAACAAGGCAACGGUAUACGGAACCAAAGGAAGAGCGACGAUAGAAGACCCAUUCCAUUUCCCCGAAACUUUAAUUCACGUGGAUGGAACGGCGGAAAAAAUCCCGCUGCACACAUCCAGCAUCCCAUACAAUUUCGAAAACAGCGCAGGUUUAGUUUACGAAGCUAUGGAAGUCGCGAGAUGUAUAAAACUAGGUCUAAAGGAGUCACCUAGAAUGUCACACCAAGAGAGUCUUUUGCUGGCGAAAUUGGAAGACGAGAUUCGUAAACAAGUCGGCGUGCACUUCGACGUCGAUGACCAAGAGUAUCCUUGAGUUAUUGAAAACUUUAGGAUUUUUUUUUUGACUUGAUGCAAAUAAAUGGACACCGAACACAUUGUAAUUAUUAAAGCAAUAAUAUAUUGUUUCA